UCCCACCACUCUCUUCUUCCUCCUCCCUCCCGGCCGUUCCGUUAUUAAAAUUCAUCGAACCGCCCAUCCAUCUCUCUCAUAGACUCCAUUGCUUUCCGCGCUCGAUCGGUGCAGAUUGCUCACUGAAGAGUAGCAAGGAGAUGGACAGAGACAACAUGAGGACAGACAAUGCAAGAAUCCCAAAGUCGUCGUCGUGGCCUAGGAGGACGAAGACGGUGGUGCAGAGAUGGUUCAACCUCAAGACAACCUCGGCGGAAUCGUUCCAUUCAGACUGCACUAAUGGGAGCUCCGGUCAAGAACAGCAGAAGCAGAUGCAGAGGAGGAAGAGCUGCUCAGACAGAGACGGCAGCCGUGUCACGAGGAGAGAUUUGUCAGGUGGGUGGUUGGUGGAGAGCUGUGAGAAUCUGAGGCCUCCCCCACGGUAUGGAUCGAGCUCUUCGUGGCAGCCUCCCAAGGAACUUCGGGUGCAGGUGGGGACGUGGAACGUGGGCGGCAGAGCACCGCACCAAGAGCUUGACCUCUCCGAUUGGCUCCUCAACCAACAUGCCCCUUCUUCCUCUCCUCACAUCUACGUUCUUGGCUUCCAGGAAAUAGUGCCACUCAAUGCCGGGAAUGUUCUCGGGGCGGAGGACAAGGGGCCCGCCUCCAAGUGGCUCGACCUCAUUGGCCAGGCAUUGAAUCCCUCCUCAUCUGAAAGAAGCCAUAGCUUACAUCACAAUUACCGGUGCACCCUCACUCAGGAAGAUGCAAAACCUAAGAGUGUCCAGAAGGCCAAGGUGAGCUUCUCAGAUGUGUUGGCAGUGGAUGACAUGGUAUCAGAGCCUGAGGAGGAGGAAAGCGAGCCUUCCACCUCAAAUCCGGAGUCAAGCAGUGAGGAGGAGAUGAGCGAGUUCGCAACAAUGUUGCACGAGAGGGCGAGGCGAGGGUACCACCUUGCUGCCAGCAAGCAGAUGGUGGGCAUAUUCCUCUGCGUGUGGGUCCGGGCCGAUCUCAUGCCACGUGUCACCGGCCUGAGGGUCUCAUGCGUUGGGAGGGGCAUCAUGGGCUACAUGGGAAACAAGGGGUCCAUCUCGAUCAGCCUGACGCUGCAAGGGAGCGCGACGGCGGCGUCGACGAGCCUGUGCUUCGUGUGCACGCACCUGGCGUCCGGCGAGAAGGACGGCGACGAGGUGCGGCGGAACUGCGACGUCGCCGAGAUCCUCAAGCGGACGAGGUUCCCGCAUCCCCACCGGUUCUCCAGGCCGAUACCGGGGCUGUCGCCGGAGACCAUCUUGGAUCACGACAAGGUGAUAUGGCUGGGCGACCUGAACUACCGGCUGUCGUCGACGGGCGGCAGCGAGACGCGGAGCUUGCUGGAACGGAACGAGUGGCGGGCUUUGCUGGAGAAGGACCAGCUGAGGGCGGAGCAGAGAGCCGGGCGCGUGUUCGGCGGCGGGUGGGAAGAAGGCGAGAUCCGGUUCCCACCGACGUACAAAUACCUGGCCGAGUCCGACACCUACGCUAUGGCCGCCCUGAGCUCCUCCGGCAAGCCGUCGCGAGACAAGAAGCGCACGCCGGCAUGGUGCGACCGCAUCCUGUGGCGCGGCGAGGGGGUGGAUCAGGUGUGGUACGAGCGCGGCGAGUCCCGCUUCUCCGACCACCGCCCCGUCAACUCCCUCUUCUCCAUCCGCCUCAGCCACCUCCACCACGAGGACGGCGGCAGCCUGCAGGCCACAGCCAUAGCAUGCUGCCCGCAAGGCCGGCCACCACCAAAGAGCGCCGCCACCACGGCGACGGCAACCCCAACGCUGCGUGGCGGCGCGGUGAUCGAGGCCGAAGAGAUGCUCCCACAUCUGCCACGACGGCGGGACUGGCAGUGCCUCCACUCUUCCAGAUUCUGACACGCGGGGGCUGUACAGGUGACCAUCGACAGGGACAACAACGGCAGCAGCCUCAAAAGGUGGCCGGCGUGGCGCACGCGUGCCGGCGGCUUUGACGCUGAAACAGAGGCGAGCCCCGCCGAGGACCAGCCUGACCGUGCGUGCACCGGCAGGUGCCAUACGUGCUCAUGAUUGUCUGCAAUCCGGCCACGGAGGUGCUGGCAGCAAUUUUUGCUCCGAUACAUUCUUCUCGGGAAUGCCCAAGCUUUUCAGGGGUGUCUACCUUGAGAGGAAUCUUCUUGUUUAUCUUCAUGUCUAUAGUUACACAAGCUUAUACCGUGUAGUAGGACAGUAGGAGUAUACUAAAAUAGGAGUGCUCUUUCUUCUUUUUCUUUUCUCUCUGGUCAUCUUUGUUUUGGCCAGGUGGUACGUACGAUAGAUAAUAGAGAACCUUAAACCCACAAAGGGCACAAUCUGGAAUGCUGGCAAAUUACUAAUUCAUCUUCAAUUUACAUAGAGGCUUGAUGUUUUGUU